GCGAGGAAGGUGGAGAAGGAGUCACCCAGGCUCCUACCAGAGAACUAACGCUCCCUCAGCCUUCGGGGUGAGACCCGCAAGACUCGCAAGGUGUAAAUUUGAGAAUCGCUUCUGCAGAGACACUAGAGGGUCAGGUCUAAGGACACUGCUCCAGCUUCCUUGCUGUUGCAACUGACUCACGUUCCUGCUACCUGCCGAACAUCAAGACUCUGAGACACCAAGCAACUUUCUGAAGAUCACAGAGCUGUUAAGUGUCAACAACAGGCCUGGUACAGAUGUUUGCGCUGCUGUGACUCUGCUCUGGUUCACUGUUGCUCCCAAUGUGGCAUUCAGUCUCAAGCUGCAUUAUCUGUCACUCUUGACACCUGUUAGGAAAUCUAGGAGCAUCAUCUCCACCUAAAGUGAUGUUGUGGGAUAGCGUAUCAGCAGUUGCUUUCUUCCUUCUCUCUCCCUAUAAAGUAAAUGAGCCUCUGUUGUCUAUGUCAUAGAUUAGCUUCCAACAUCACAAUAGCACAGCUUGCUGUUUACCCAGAGUUUCUCUGUACUUAGGGGCAAAUAUGGGUUAGUUAAAAACCUUCACCACCCUUUACUAAUCUAGGGCCAAGCCUCUCAAGACUGAUGACCACUAGGACGUGUGGUCUGACAUAUUCCAGCUGCAAAGCCUUAGGAAAGAAGCCUACCUGACUGCAGCGGCUAUUGGCAAGUGCAAUUUGGUUGGUUCUUUUCAGAAAGGUAGUGCUAUGGUUGGAUCUUAAAUGACCCCCAAAAGCCACAUGCUGAAGGCUAGUUUGCCAGUCUGUAGUAUUAGUUCCAAAUGAAAAUCCAGUGUUUCAAACUCCAAAAGGCAGUCCAAAUAUCCAGAAACAGGCUCAACUUGGACUCCAGGAGGAUUUCUGAUGGUUGUUAGAUAAAAGCCAACAUUUCUCAGGAACUUGUGAAGGCAAAGCUGUUUCCCAUAUCACUAGCAGAAGGGACGUCUUAAAAGGCUUCCUGUAGUGCUUAUUAGCAUACCAAAGAAUUGCAGGUACCUGUUUCAAAGUAGCUCUUCUCACCUCCUCCCCUACUCCCUCCUGCUCAUGGGCUUCCCUCCCCGCACCUACUCAUUCUUCUUACAACUCUGCUAUUUUCAACAUGCUCUCUCUGUCCCCCUCCCCCUUCCCGCCAUGCUCCUCCCCUCUGAUCUGCUCCUGCUUCUCUCCUGGUCAGGUCCAGUCUGCUGGCCAUGUUCAGUCUACUUUUUUCUCUGCCUCUGAACCCCCGCUCUGGACUCUUCCAGAUGCCUCUGGCUGUUCUCUCUCUCAUAUCUACAAUAAAAGCCUUCCCCUUAACCAUACCACGGAACUGCCAUGUGGUCAGUUUAUACAUGUAGCGCUGUUGGAGGCUGAUGGAAUCUUUAAUGAGUAGGGCCUAUAGGAAGAAGGUGCAUCACCAGAGGCAUGCCCUUGAAGGGAAAUGUGGGACUCUGACCCCUUCCUCCCUCUCUCCUGACUUUCAUGAGGUGAGCAGCUUUGUUCUAAUGUGUUCCUCCCUACCCUGAAGUUCUCUCUGCCUUUCCAGAGGCCCAAAACCAAUGAAGCCAAUGACUAUGACCUGAGACAUCCAAAGUCAUGGGCAAAAGUAAACACUGCCUCAUUUAGUUGAUUAUCUCAGGCAUUUUGUUAUAACAACAGAGAGUUUACUAAUAUGGAAAUUGGUGCCAUGAAAUUAGGCUCAUUCGUUUGAUUACUUGAUAAAGUACUUCAGAAAUCUUGGGAAUUUGUGGAAGGAAUUUUGAAAAAUUUGGAGAAGCCAGCCUACAAUACUAUAAGCUGUAGUGUACCCCCAUAAAGCUUGCCUCAGGAUUAGAGGAGAGAGACAGCCAUUAAAUUAGACACAGAGGUCAGGCAGUGGUGGCACACACCUUUAAUCCUACCACUUGGGAGGCAGAGAUCCAUCUGGAUCUCUGUGAGUUCAAGGCCACACUGGGCUACAUGAGAGAAACAGAGCCAGGCAGUGGUGACACACACCUUUAAUCCCAGGAAGUAAUGUGGCAGGACAUAGAAAGGUAUACAAGGCAUGAGGAAACAGGAACUCACUCUCUUUAGACUGAGGAUUUCGUAGAGCUAAGAACUAGUGGCUGACUGUUCUGCUUCUCUGAUCUUUCAGCUUUCACUCUGAUAUCUGGCUCUGGGUUUUUUAUUAUAAGACCUUUUAAGAUUCAUGUUACAAGAAGCAGAACUCGAUGGGCAGUUCUGGCAAGGGCUCAGAAGACCAGAGUACCAAUAAGUAAAUAAAUUGACAAUACGAUUACUUGAUGUAGUUAAGAGGAGGGUUUUAUUGUAAAUGGGCAGGAGAGAACAGCCAGAGGCAUCUGGAGAGUCCAGAGCAGAGAGAGAAAGAAGUAGUCUGAACAUGGCCAAGGGACUUGAACUUGGUCUGCCACCCAGAAGGCCUUGAACUUUUGAUCCUCUUGCCCUAGACUCCUCAGUAACUGGAAUUUUAGGCCUUCACCAUCAGGCUUGACCUCCAUUUUUUUCUCAGAAAUAUGUAUUAAUAAUUUGCUCUUUCAAUUUUUUUUGAGAGAGGGUCUCAUUCUGUUGUUCAACCUGGCUUCAAAUUCUUUUUUAACAGAAUAUCAUUUAUUUAUUUGUUGACAACUUCACACAUCUAAUCAAUGCAUUUUGAUUAUAUCUAGCACAAAUUCCUCCUCCGACUCCUCCUGUAUGCCUCCGGCACAGUUCUCUCCUCUCGCUGUCUGACUAAUAGCCCAUUGAGUCUAAUUGCUGCUGCCUGUUGGGAUAGUGGCUGGUUGUGCUAAUUUGAUCUUGCAUAGGUAGCUAUAGCUGCAGUGAGUUCAUGCCGAGUCAUAGAAUGAAGACAGCAUGUCACAGCACUCAUCCCCACCGUCUGGUUCUUAAAUUCUUUCCAUCCCUCUUCUAUUAUGUUCCUUGAACCUUGGGGUGAGGAUUGAUACAGAUGUCCCAUGUAGGACUGAACACUCAAUAGACACUUAUUCGCAGCACUUGGACCAGUCAUGAGCCUGUAUUAGCCACUGCCCACUGCAGGCAGAAGCUUCUCUGCUGCCUCUAAUUCUUUAUCCCCUUGCCUCAGCCUCAAGAGAGCCAAGAUUACAGACAUGAGCCACCUUGGCCCACUUCUUUUGAUUUCUGCAGAGGGUCAUAUCUUAGAGUUUUCCCUGACAGGAGACUUAGGACUUUGACUUUUGAGUAGUUCUGGGACUAUUAAAGACUUCAGUGCUAGGCACAGUCAUACAUGCCUGUAGUUCCAUCACUCAGAGGACUGAGGCAAGAGGAUGGCAAGUUCAGGACAGCUUGAGCCACACUACAAAAACCUGUCUCAAAAAACAAACCCCAAAUCAACAGCAAAAGACUUCAGGGACUCUUGAAGAUCUACUGAAUAUAUUUUUCAUGGUGAGGUCCGCAGCAUGGAAACUGCCUACCUGAAGAAGUGUUUUGGAAACAACCUGACCCAGGCACUGGCAGAGGUGGCAAGCGUGCGGCCCAGUGACCCAAUAGAGUACUUGGCUCACUGGCUUUACCAUUAUAGGGAUGUGACUAAUGCUGAAGAAAAGAAAAGGCAAGAGGAGGCACAGCUGAAGGAGGAGUACGGCAGGAGCCUCAAGGAAGGGAGAAUGGCCGAAAUGGUGAAACAAGAGGAAGAACAGAUUCAGCAGAGGUGUGACAAGUGUCACCAGGAACUGCUCCCCGAAGCUCUUUCCUCAAACAAGACCCCAGCCCUGCAGGAAGACAAAGCACCUCUUGAGAAGGAGACUAUGGGGCAGACAUCUCAGCCAGGUGUCUCCAGUGUGGCUGCAGAAAUGCCUCAACGGGUUUUUACCUCUUGAGAAAAUGGCCUGCAAGAGGAACUCUCACCUCAGCUAAGAUGGAAGAGACUGAGAAGGAGGCAGGCAUCUACAGAUGCUCUGGUCUGCUAACCAUGAAUGCCUUUAAUCAUGUGAAGUUUUAGAGUAGCUAUUGGAUAAAAAUGAAUCCAGAACAUGAAUUAAAUACAAUAAGUCAUCAAACUGAUGAGGCCUUUUCCUCCUACAUUAUAGGAUGAAAGCAUGACCCUCUCCCAUACCCUUCUUUUAAUUUUUUUUAAAUUUUAUUUUAUGUGCAUUAUUUUUUCCAUGGGUGUCGAGUCCCCUGGAACUGGAAUUACAGACAGUUGUGAGCUGCCAUGUGGGUCCUGGGAAUUGAACCCAGGUCCUCUGGAAGAGGAGUCAGUGCUCUUAACUACUGAGCCAUCUCUCCAGCCCCUCCCAUACCCUUCUAACUUUAGCUGUGUUUUGCAGUCAGGGCUCUGGGAAUCCUUACAGAUGUCAUGGAGGUUGCCCAUGGUAGUAAUAACAGGUGUUUUCUUCACCCUAUGUCACCACGUUAAAAAAUGUCUCCAUCGUUUUAUUGUGAUAAAGCAUAAGACAUAAAAUUUACAGUUCAAUGACCUUAACACAUUUAUGUUGUACAACUAUCCCUACCAGCCAGCAUCCAUACUCUUCCUUUACCUUGUAGGACUGAAGCUCGGUCCCAUUAAAUACCUCUAUUUUCCCCUCCCCCAAAACCUCAAAACCAUUAUUCUACUUUGUCUGGGUUGUUUUAACUAUUCCAAGUACCUCAUAUAACUGGAAUCAGGUGUGUGUGUGUGUGUGUGUGUGUGUGUGUGUGUGUGUGUGUGUGUAGCUGGAGUUUUCCUGCCUGGCCCACAGUCAGGGCAAAUCUCUCUCACCCGCCAGUCCCAAGCCGCUCAAACCCGAUCAAGUAAACACAGAGACUUAUAUUGGUUACAAACUGUAUGGCCGUGGCAGGCUUCUUGCUAACUGUUCUUACAGCUUAAAUUAAUCCAUUUCUAUUAAUCUAUACCUUGCCACGUGGCUUGUGGCUUACCGGUACUUUACAUCUUCCUUGUCCUCAUGGCGGCUGGCAGUGUCUCUCUCCCCAGCUUCCUGUUCUCUCAAUUUUCCUCUCUGUUAGUCCCGCCUAUACUUCCUGCCUGGCCACUGCCAAUCAGUGAUUUAUUCAUUGACCAAUCAGCAACACAUUUGACAUACAGACCAUCCCACAGCAUGUGUGUGUGUGUGUGUUUUCAUUUAGCAUUCUGUAGUUAUCCUUAGGUUCUAGUGGCUAGAAUUUAGUGCUUUUAUUUGUCAUAUUAUGUCCUCAGAGUUCACUCACCCUGAAACAUGGAUCAGAAUUUCCAUCCUUCUUAAAGCUGAUCAGUAUUCUACCCUAAUAUGGAAUGCACAGAAUGUAAGCAUUUCUGCAUUUGAUCAUGCAGUGUGGUGGCUUGUGGAUAUGAGAAAUAAUUAAGAGGAAACUCACAGGAUAGAGAGACUGGGAAUGUGAGUCAUCCAAGAUGGUUGCUAUGGUUUUUGUUUGGGUCCCAUGGAUGGAUGGAGGUAGUUUUUCCUUCAGUAUAGGACAGAAGAAAAGUGGGGCAUGCUGAGUAUAUGGUACCUAUGAAAGGACAGGCAUGAGAAUACCACAAAAGAGAAUAGACCUGAGAUGCUAUCCCUGCCCCAAACCCAAGAAAAGCCAGAGACCCCAGGCCAGCCUUGGCCUCUCUGGAAGAUGCUAGAGCAGAAAGGAGAAUUGCUAUUUAUCUGAAGGGGCCUCAGGACACACUCUCUCUUUCUCUCUCUCCUUCUCCCUCUCCCUCUCAAUUUUAUCCAUAUAUAAUAUAACAUAAAUACAUUUAUGUAGUUAGGGUGUGUUUACUUUUGUGUGUAUGUGUGGAUACAUGUGACACAGCACACGUCGGGGUCAGAGGACAACUUUCAGGAGUCAGCUCUCUCCUCUUACCGUGUGGGUUCUGGGGAUGGACCUUGGGUCCUCAGGUUGUCUUAGGAAGCACUUUUACCCUACUAAGUCAUCUCACAGAUCCAUCCUUAGACCAUGUUUAAGCCUAUAUUAAACAUAACUUGGAAUUGUAUAAUGGAAUUUUGAUCAAAGUGUGGCAUAUUUUUGCAAAUAACUACAAAUCCUAUAUUUGCUCUAUUUCUUUUUUGUUUGUUUGUUUGGUUUCUUUUGCUUUUUUUGUUGUUGUUUUUCGAGACAGGGUUUCUCUGUGUAGCUUUGCGCCUUUCCUGGAACUUGCUUUGGAGACCAGGCUGGCCUCGAACUCACAGAAAUCCGCCUGCCUCUGCCUCCCAAGUGCUGGGAUUAAAGGCGUGCGCCACCACCACCCAGCCAAUUUUGCUCUAUUUCAAAGUCAUUAUUUCCAUUGACCACUGUUUUGUAUGAUCCCUACUCUUGCAAAUUUAAAAUUUUGCAUUUUAGUUUUACCAGUAAUGCAAAUUGAAGCAAAACAAAACAAAAUGGCACUGCUUGGUGGUAGUACAAAGGCAACUUUGAGUUAGAAUGCUCUUAUGAAUAUCCCUCAAAAAGAGCUUGGAGCUUUGUCUUCUAUGCUUGAUGGUUUUAUAUCAACUUGACACAAGCUAGAGUUAUCUGAAAGGAGGGAGCCUCAAUUGAGAAAAUGCCUCUUUAACAUCCAGCUGUAGGGUAUUUUCUUAAAUAGUGAUUAAUGGAGACGGCCCAGCACAUUGUGGGUGGUACCAUUCCUGGACUAGUAGUCCUGGGUUUCAUGAGACAGCAGGUUGAGCAAGCCAUGCUGAGCAAGCCAGUAAGUAGCUCCCCUCUAUGGCCUCUGCAUCAUUUCCUGCCUCCAGGUUCCUGCCCUGCUUGAGUUCCUGUCCUGACUCCCUUCACUGAUAUGGAAGUGUAAGCUAAAUAAACCUUUUCCUUCCUGGC